AGAAUAAAUAAAGGUAAAGAUUCUAAUCUGACAAAUUCCCCCCUUUUUCUUCUGCAGAAUUUUAGAUUUCUGUUCUACUGCCGCGUUAACCUCAAUUUCACCAUAACAAAACUGAAUUCUCACACUUUUCUUCAACUUCUCCAUUCCUCUACACCUUCAGUUGUUGCUCUUGUUGCAGGGCCUCUUUUCCUCUUUUAGAGAGAGGUCCACAAGGACCCUGACAAGUUAGAGGGAGGAGGCCAAUGGAUUUUGAAAGCAAUAGCUGGAUUGGGGAAAGGCUGUGUUACUACCCCAGGCUUUUGGGUGGAGUCAUGCUAACUGCAGCCUUGCUCGGGGUUUCAACUAGCUAUUUAACAGGGAUUAGUGCUCCUACUCUACCCCACUUUUUACCCAAUCUAAGUAUCUUUCAUAAAAAGAAGCGUGGGAAGAAGCGUAUUCGUGUUUAUAUGGAUGGGUGUUUUGAUCUGAUGCAUUAUGGACAUGCAAAUGCAAUAAGACAAGCAAAAGAAUUAGGAGACGAGUUAAUAGUUGGAGUUGUUAGUGAUGAAGAAAUUGUAGCUAAUAAGGGUCCACCGGUUUUAUGCAUGGAAGAAAGACUCGCCCUUAUUAGUGGGUUGAAGUGGGUGGAUGAAGUAAUUGCCAAUGCUCCUUAUGCAAUUACUGAAGAUUUUAUGAACCGUCUGUUUAUGGAGCAUAAGAUUGAUUACAUUAUACACGGUGAUGAUCCCUGUCUAUUACCCGAUGGAACUGAUGCUUAUGCCCUAGCAAAGAAAGCUGGUCGUUACAAGCAGAUUAAACGCACUGAAGGUGUCUCCAGCACAGAUAUUGUAGGAAGGAUUCUUUCAUCUGCUAAAAGUAUUUCUCAAGAUUGCUCCAAUUCAUCUCUCCCCAGCAAAGAUGAUAAUGUGAACCAUGUACAUGCUGAGGAAAAAAUGUCGAAGAUUGAUCACAUAUCUAGUUUUCUGCCCACAUCUAGACGGAUUGUGCAAUUUUCGAAUGGAAAGGGGCCUGGGCCAAAUGCUCGAGUUGUGUAUAUUGAUGGUGCUUUCGAUCUUUUUCAUGCUGGCCAUGUGGAGAUUCUUCGAAGUGCCAGACAGCUUGGAGAUUUUCUCUUAGUUGGAGUUUACACUGAUGAGACUAUCAGCGAACAUCGUGGACAUCAGUAUCCACUGAUGAAUCUGCAUGAGCGCAGUCUUAGUGUACUUGCCUGCCGCUAUGUUGAUGAGGUCAUUAUUGGUGCCCCUUGGGAAGUGACCCACGAUAUGGUAACAACUUUCAAUAUUUCUGUGGUUGUACAUGGGACAGUUUCUGAAAGGAACUCUUCUACAGGAGAAGAACAUGAUCCCUAUGCAGUACCUAAAAACAUGGGAAUCUUCCGAGUAAUUGAGAGCCCUAAAGACAUUACAACCACUUCAGUUGCUCAAAGAAUCAUUGCCAACCACGAGAUGUAUGUGAAAAGGAACACAAAAAAGGAAGCAAGUGAGAAGAAGUACUAUGCAGAGAAGCAGUAUAUUUCAGGCGAUUAAGUUUUAUGUUACUGUCUCCAGGCAUCUCUUGUGACUUGUAACUUUGGCGAAGCUGCUCUUUUUUCAAGGUAGCUCGUCCUGUCCUGUAUUUGUAUUUGUUUGUAUUUAAAAUAUAUACGUUCGAGGUGGUUUGCAAGAUAUAAGAAGAAAAUUCAUAGUCAGAAGAUGUAGAUUUUUAUUUAUUUAAUUAUUUAUUUCUUGGGUUGUAGCUGAUUUCUUAAUCUCAAAUCCAUAUUGAUUCAUGUAAGUUAAGGAACUGUUGCUCCAUUCUUAUUCUAUAGUUAAUCAGUUCCAAUUUCAAUUA